ACUCUCCCUUAACACCCAUAAUAACACUAAGAACAACAACAACAAUACCUGGUGUCUUUUGUGGUUCCCCAACAAAAUGUUGUUUCUAAGAAAAACUAAGUCAAUCUGGGGCCGCUGGAGGAAGAAAUCCAUGGGGAAAUAUCGGUUGUGUCCGCCAGUGAUGUGUGUGAGCAGCCAGAGUGGCUGUAGUGUCCAUACUUGGUCCUCUCUGGCUGCCACCUUCAACACUAAGCCUAAUAAAAUGCUUUCUCUUAAUUUCACCAAGGGCACGUCUGGUUUGUUUGGUUUACCAGAACUGCAAGAACCAGAGGGUUUUUAUUUACUAAAAGAAAAUGCUAUCCAUAAGGCCGAAGAUUUAAUGGUAGAGUGUUGCUCACCAUAUAGAACACGGAAAAUGGUUGAGGUGUUCGAUCACUUGUCAGAUACUCUCUGCCGUGUGGCUGACCUGGCAGAGUUUAUUAGAAUGGCUCAUCCUCAAGCACGCUAUUCAUUUUCUGCUGAGGACGCAUCCAUUGCCAUUGGUGGACUUGUUGAAAAGUUAAACACUCACAGAACACUAUACGAGUCUUUAAGAAAUGUUGUUGUUCACGGUGAUAAGGUUCCUACUACCGAGGUUGAUAAGCACGUGGCCAGGCUGUUCCUCUUUGACUUUGAACAGUCAGGCAUCCAUUUGGAUGAGGCACAGCGUCAGCGUGUUGUGAGUCUUAAUGAGUCAAUACUCACACUUGGUCAACACUUCAUGAAUGGUUCUCUUCAACCUAGAGCCAUACCCAAGGUUAAACUGCCUGAAAGUAUUAGACAACACUUCACCAUCGACGGGGACAAUAUUCUGGUGACGGGCUUGUAUGCAGAUUCUCAUACAGAGAUGACACGAGAGGCUGCAUAUAAGAUAUACCUCCACCCUGACCCACAUCAGGAAACUCUUCUCAUGGAUAUGAUUAAUGAAAGGCAUGAGAUGGCAACCAUAUGUGGCUUUCCCUCUUAUGCUCACAGAGCUGUUAAUGGUAGUUUAGCAGAGAACCCUGAACUUGUGACAAACUUCUUGAAACAUCUUGCUGACAGCGUAAGGCCCCGAGCACAGGAAGAUUUUACUGAAAUGAACGCUGUAAAAAAAGCCCAAUACAGCGGUUCAAGGGAUCUGGCUCCUUGGGAUGUUCCAUACUUCACCGGACAAAUUAGACAAAACAAGUUCCAAGUGAGUGCAAAUGAUCUCAUGCCAUACUUCUCUCUGGGAGCAGUGAUGGAGGGACUCAGUGGACUCCUCUUUCAUCUCUAUGAUGUAAUGCUGCAACUGGAAGAGCCACAACCUGGAGAACUUUGGACCAGUGACAUUUAUAAACUUGCAGUGAAGCACACCACAGAAGGAGUGUUGGGAUACAUAUAUUGUGACUUUUAUGAACGACCUGGAAAAGCUCAUCAAGACUGCCAUUUUACUAUAAGAGGCGGCAAGUUAUUAGCUGAUGGCUCAUAUCAGGACCCGGUAGUUGUGCUGCACCUGAACCUUCCAUCACCCUCGUGGUCAAGCCCAUCGCUGCUCACACCAGGUAUGGUGGAGAACCUAUUUCAUGAGAUGGGCCAUGCACUACACUCCAUGCUUGCAAGGACCCAGUACCAGCACGUGACAGGCACACGUUGCAGCACUGAUUUUGCCGAAGUUCCAUCAAUCCUCAUGGAAUUCUUUGCCACCGAUCCAAGAGUGCUUGGCACAUUUGCUCGACACUACAAAACGGGAGAGGUUAUACCCCAGGAACUUCUUGAGAGAUUGGUGGCCAGCAAAUCUGUGUUUGGUGCCUCUGAAAUGCAGCUUCAGACGUUCUACUCGCUGCUUGAUCAACAUUAUCAUGGAAAGGAUCGCUGGUCCCCAGCCACAUCCACAACACACAUACUGGAGGAAGUUCAGAGCCAGUAUUAUGGUCUUCCUUAUGUGCCAAACACUGCUUGGCAGCUCAGAUUUGGCCACCUAGUUGGAUAUGGAGCAAAAUACUAUGCGUAUCUUGCUUCUCGAGCUGUGGCGUCUUGGAUUUGGCAGAAGUACUUCUCAGAAGAUCCCUUCAGCAGAGAGAAGGGUGAAAAGUACCGGUGUGAAGUACUUGCUCACGGAGGAGGGAAGCCACCCCGAGCCAUGGUCGGAGAGUUCCUGGGUCGAGAAGUCACACCUCACACCAUGGUGGAUGCUCUUAUGACAGAUUUAGAUCAAAAGAAAGCAAAAGUAGAAUCUAAAUUAUUUUCAUAAUGGUGACCAUUCAUAUUUUGAUUUCUCUUUUUUUGAAAAUUGAAAAUUGUACUUUUUAAAUUAUAUUGUAUUCACAAAAAAUACUAAAUCAAUAAGUUCAGUUAUAUUAUGUAAUAUAAAAUAAUAAGUUGUUAGUGUUUCAUGCUCUAAUUAAACUUAAACAGUGAUGCCAUAAUCAAAAUUUCCUGCCAAGAUUAUAUUCACAGGAAGCACUGUAGGAGUUAACAUGGUACCUGGGGAAGGAAAAAUAAACAUGGCAGCCCUUUGUAGGGUUCCCUUGCAUGGCCUACACUUGCUCUUCCCACACUGUGAAGGAUAUACAGUAUACACCGAGAGGUGUGUAGCUCAAUAUAUAUAUACACUGAGAGUUUACAGUACUUUGAUUCCUAUUUUUGGUGUUAAAAUAUCCUUGACCGGUGAUGGACAGGUUACGGUUAGCUUGAAUAACCUUUGGAUAGUCAUUAAGUUUUAAAUUCUGUCUCCUCUGGAGCAGUUUCCUCAGGUCUGGCCUCUUGCCGUUGAAGAUGAUCUAGCAGCUCAUCAGUGGUUAGUUCGUCAUUGUCCUCCUCCACCAACUCUUCCACAUCCUCCCCACUAACCUCCAACCCCAAGGACUUUCGCAAUGCCACAAUGGAUUCCUUAACUGGCAUAGGAUUCCCAGGGUUAGCCUCAAACCCUUCAAAAUUCCUUUUGUCUACACAUUCUGGCCACAGUUUCUUCCAAGCAGAGUUCAAGGUCCUCUUAGUCAUUUCCAAGCCUUACCUAUAAUGUUUACACAAUUGAGGAUGCUAAAGUGAUCUCUCCAAAACUCUCUUAGAGUCAAUUGAGUUUCUGAGGUCACUACAAAGCACCUUUCAAACAUAGCUUUUGUGUAGAGUUUUUUGAAGUUGGAAAUGACCUGCUGGUCCAUGGGCUGCAGGAGAGGAGUGGUAUUAGGAGGCAAAAACUUGACCUUAAUGAAGCUCAUUUCCGCAGAAAGUCGCUCUGCCAAGUCUGAAGGAUGACCAGGAGCAUUGUCUAAUACCAGGAGGCACUUAAGGUCCAAUUUAUUUUCCAGGAGGUAAUUUUUCACAGUGGGGGCAAAUGCAUGGUGUAACCAAUCAUAGAAAAAGUCCCUAGUGACCCAUGCCUUACUGUUUGCCCUCCACAUCACACACAAAUUAGCCUUGAGGACAUUGUUUGUUUUUCCUGAACACUCUGGGAGUUUCAGAGUGAUACACCAAUAAAGGCUUCACUUUGCAAUCACCACUAGCAUUAGCACACAUCAACAGAGUAAGCCUAUCUUUCAUAGGCUUAUGUCCUGGGAGUGCCUUUUCCUUCUGAGUAAUGUAGGUCCUGUUUGGCAUUUUCUUCCAAAACAGGCCUGUUUCGUCACAAACACUUGUUCAGGUUUCAAUUCUUCACUGUCUAUGUACUCCUUGAAUUCCUUCACAUAUUUUUCAGCCACUUUGUGGUCCGAACUGGCAGCCUCUCCAUGCCUUAUCACACUAUGUAUACCACUACAAUUCUUAAAUCUCUCAAACCAACCUUUGCUGGCCUUAAAUUCACUCACAUCACCACUAGUUGUAGGCAUUUUUCUAAUUAAAUCGUCAUGCAACUUCCUAGCCUUUUCACAUAUGAUCGCUUGAGAGAUGCUAUCUCCUGCUAUCUGUUUUUCGUUUAUCCACACCAAUAACAGUCUCUCAACAUCUUCUAUCACUUGCGAUCUCUGUUUCGAAAACAAAGUUGCACAUUUGGCAAGAACAGCUUCCUUGAUUGCCGUUUUCUUGGCCACAAUAGUAGCGAUGGUUGAUUGGGGUUUUGUGUACAACCUGGCCAGCUUGGAGACACGCACUCCACUUUCAUACUUAGCAAUUAUCUCUUUCUUCAUAUCCAUAGUAAUUCUCACCCUUUUUCCUGUAGGGUUGGCACUAGAAGCUUUCUUGGGGCCCAUGGUGACUUAUUUUGCAGGUGCAAUCACUAAAAAGGCUGUGAUAAUAUGAAAUGUUCUGAUUGUAUGCUUGGAAGCGACUGCGGUGGUUGGCUUGUAAACAAUGGCACCCACGGAACAAGUGAGGCGGGCUCAGGCCGCACGUGGACGCUUCUCAAACAAAUCGCGUUGAGCAAGUUUUUUAGCGCUAGCCAAGACAAAAUUUUUGCGUUGAAAUGUAUCGCUAGGCGGAUUUAACGUUAUGGGAUGCGUUCGUUAGGCGAGGAUCCACUGUAAUAGAGCAGCAUUCAGCUCACAACGAAAAGGACCUGGGUUUGAUUCCCAGGCUGGUUAAGAUGUAUCAGUCUUCUGACACUUGCUGCCCCUGUUCAUUUAGCAGUAAAUAUGUACCUCUGUUAGUCAAUUGUUGAAUUUCAUCUUACUAUCAGUGUUUCAUUUACUAGAAAAACUACCAAAAGCUGGAGAGGAACCUGACAAUUUUAGGUAUCAUGUCUUUUGUAGGGUAAUAUUCUGGGACUUUUAUUAUGAGUCAUGGUCAAGAGAGAUGGUACAAAAUCUGAAUAAGGUAUUUUGUAAGAGGAUCUCCAUUCGGAAAUAAAGAAUACAGCCUCUCCUCACUUAGCAACGUACUCGUUUACUGACAACUUGGACUUACAACAGGCUCUCUGACCAGUAUGCAUACCUAAAUAAUGUACAUUGGAGCUGAUUUCCUCUAUUCUAUUUAUUGCAACAUACAGUACACUACUGUAUAAUGUAAUAUAAAAUAAUUAUACUGCAUAGUACAAUAUAUUGAAAAUUUUAUAAAUGGUGCAAAGGUGACACUAAAACAAUAUCAAAGAUGGUUGACACAAACCCACAACCAUUACAGUAUGCUCCUUGCUCAAUGACGAAUUUGUUUACCGACAUUGUCUUAGGAACGGAACUCCAUUGUUAAGUGAGGAGAGGCUGUAUCGUGAAUGAGUGGUUGCCAGAAGUGAAGAUGUACCUGGGUGUUAGUAAACUAUUACAGCUUCUACCCAACCAGCAGUGCUGUAUGACCCUUGUGGGUUUAGCACUUCAUUAUGAUUAUAAUAAUUCUACCCAACCAAGUUAUGAAAAUCACUUACUCUGAAUGGUGGUACUUCGUAAGACAAUGAACUAACACUACUGAACAAUUUUUCCUGAUUUUCUCUCUCCCUUACACCUUGCUGGCACUGUACUACACAACACAUUCAUGGGAUGCACUACACCUAUAGGAACAUAAGAGAACUUGAGGAAUAGGAGAUAAUUCAGUUCGAGCCAAGGAAUGGGAGAGUAGUAAAAGUUCCUUAAAUAAAAAACCCUACACCAGCACCACAGCCCCCUUUGAAGGGUAUACUGAGAAAUAAAGCAACAUUGGUACUAGUAUAUACUUUUUAUUGCAAAAAUAAACAAUUUACCCAUGCUACCUACCAAACUUUCACUGAACACUUAGGUGCAUUUAGUAAACACCAAGAUAAAUUUACUGUAUAAUUAUAAGAGACUGCAGAAGGAAAACUCACAUGAUGCAUUAUGAGUCUGGCUCGAAAUAUUUUUUUUCACCAGGUUAGUCCACACAUUUCAUAAUGGAAGAGGCCUGAUACAAAACAGUUU